AUGGGUUGUAGGAAUUCGAAGCCGAAUGUAUGCCAAAAAUGCCAGACGCACUAUUCUCCAGUGCACCGAAGCUACUCAAUGUCUAAAGAUUUUCCUACUGAUACAAACACUAAUGGUAGCUUUCAUCUGGUCUCUCUCACUUCCUCAACAUUAGGAUCUUUGAGGCUUGAUCCACUGAACAAAAGUAUCAAAGAUGAUCAUUCGUUGUUCGAAAAAGGUGGCAGCGAUGAAGGGAAGAUUUAUAAAGAAGAGUUCGAAAUGGGGUUGAUUGAGGCAAAGACAUGGUCCCAAAUGAUCAAUGAGAAAAUCCCCAAAGUGGUUCCUAAGACGCCCAUUGCAACUCCUCCUGGCGAGCCGGAGGGUGUCAAUGUUUGGGAAUUGAUGAAAGAUUUGGAAGAUAUUGAUCCUCUUAAAUCGCCUCAUCAUGUUCGUAGCUUUUCUUUCCAUGUCUUUCCAGAUCCUUAUGAUCAUCAGCUUACUCCCAGACUGAAAUCAAACUAUGAAGUAACAGAGUAUAGAUUGGUGCAACAUGGUAAAGACAAACUGGUUGUUUACUUCACAAGCGUAAGAGGGGUGAGGAAAACGUACGAGGAUUGUUGUCAUGUUCGGAUGAUUUUGAAGGGAUUAGGUGUUAAGAUCGACGAAAGAGACGUAUCAAUGCACGCAGAGUUCAAGGAGGAGUUGAGAGAGUUAUUAGGAGAGGAAUAUAGCGGUAGGGGUUUGCCUAGGGUAUUUCUUGGGAGAAAAUACAUCGGUGGGGUUGAUGAAAUAUGCAGAAUGCAUGAAGAUGGGCAGCUUGAGAAGGUAGUAGAAAGCUGCGAAAAGGCAGAAGAUGGAGUUUGCGAGGCCUGUGGAGAUAUGAGGUUUGUGCCAUGUGAAACAUGCUAUGGGAGUUGUAAAGUAUACUAUGAAGCAGAGUAUGAUGAAGAAGAUGAGUGUGGCUUCCAACGAUGCCCAGAUUGUAAUGAGAAUGGACUAAUACGAUGUCCAAUUUGUUGUGAUUAG